GCGCGGGAUUGCAGACCUUAGCAGUGCGCGUGCGGGAGCGCGGAGACGUGGCAAGCGGGGCUGGGUCGCGCGGGGCCUCUUCCGGGGUUAGGAAGCAGUCCGGGUCUACUCCAUCCGCAAGGACUCUGCGGCCGCUCACGCGCCGGAGCGGCAAAGGUGAGGUCUAACUGGCACCAAGCCCCGGAUGAGAGGCUUGUGGGGUUGAACUUCACCCAGGCUGGAACUGUUUAGCUGGCUGGAGUCCUUAGCAGCCUUACUCCACACAGGACUUCAGACACUGCCGUGCAUCCUCAGGCAGUUACCUCCCAAGACAGUGGUGGCCGCAGGCUCUGCACGUGGUGUCCCCACACUGCCACCGAGAUGUCAGCUAAAGCCAUAGAGAACAGGGAAGGAGUUGCUGCUGACCCCCUUCUGCAGGAGUUUCAGUCGGAUGAGGAGGAGAAACCUUCCCAGUCAUCCAACGUGGUUGAGGCCUCAGCGGGUUCUCCUGGGGGGCCACCGCAGGGGCCGGAUGGAUCUGACUCAGACUCUGACUCUGACCCUACAGACCCACCCAAGGAUAAAGGCAGGAAAUUCUCCACUGCAGCCAAGGUUGCUGCUGGAGCUGUGAUCGGAGGAGUUGUGGCCGUGGCAGCUGUGCCCGUGGUGCUAGGUGCCGUGGGCUUCACGGGGGCAGGAAUCGCCGCCUCCUCCAUAGCAGCCAAGAUGAUGUCCGUGGCCGCCAUCGCCAACGGGGGUGGCGUUGCAGCCGGCAGCCUGGUGGCCACUCUGCAGUCCGUGGGGGCGGCUGGACUCUCCAUGUCAUCCAACAUCGUCCUGGCCUCCGCUGGGUCAGCUACUGGGGGCCUUGCUGCAAAGUUCAUAAAAGUCCCGUUUCACCAGGGGAGCCAGGCAGACGAGGACCAGCCAGAAGAAAAUGUGCCCAAGUCGGACCCCGAACCAAAAGCCCCACUCAGAUUAGAGAAGCCUGAGAAAUAAAGAUCGUGGCAGAUGCA